AUGACCACCAAAAACGGUAGCAACAUCGUAGUCGAGUGGCUUCGGUCCCUGCACCUGGGCCAGUACGCCGAUUCGUUCUUGGACAACGGGUAUGACGACCUGGAAAUCUGCAAGCAGGUUGGCGAUCCCGAUAUGGACGCCAUCGGCGUGUUCAAUCCAUCGCACCGCAACCGGCUGCUGCAGUCUGUUCGCACGCUGCGUGAAGAGGGCGCAGCUAGUGUUUAUUUCACUCUUGAAGAGUCCGCCGCUAUACAGGAGGAAUGCAAGUACUCCACCACCAAAGAGCAAUGCGCUCCCAGCCCUGGCCACUCGUCGGGCAGUAGUACGCAAGAGCUUCAGCAGGUACAUUAUGAUGAGUACGAGGAAGGAAAGGCUGAACUAGUCAGGAUACCUAAACUUCAGUUGAAGCUGUUGCUUAAAGACAAAUUAUUACAAGACGGCAUUCGACUCAGCUCUCAACCAUACACCACUCAGAACGGCGAACGAGGCUAUUUGGAAGGCUUAGCGUCCCGGUACGCGGAUCUGUACAACACCCAUUAUCGGGACAUUCUGGAGUAUCUGGACGAACUUAGGGCCGCCGAGUGGGCCGAAUUAUCUCCGCGGAUAACGUUGUUAGCCCCCUCGUCACCCUCCAGGUCACCGUGCAACAUGGCCGGAAAUCCGUACUCUCAUCACCUGUACGCGCCCGGAAAAUACUCUCCGUCUAGCUGUCUGAGCGAUCGCGAAGAAGACGAAAUUUACGGUCUGACAAUGGCCGAAAGAAGGUUUCCGCCGGCCGCCGCGGCGGUCAGACCACCCGUACACCUGAACACUGCCAUCAGACAGCACACCGUACAACAACCGUGCUUGAGUCCAAGAUCUGCAUAUUUCUACGAGUUUCCUCCUGCUGACCGACCCGGCAAAAAGAAGAUCACAUUGACGCGGUUUCUGCGGAACUUCAAGACCCACAGGAGAGAUAAAUCGCGAAGUCAACAAAACGUUUCAGCCCGGGCCAACACUCCCGAUUGUUUGGGCAUGACAAUGAUGGAUAACAGAAAUCGUUGUGCGCCUAUGUCCGGCAGAAACCAUGUCGGAAAUCCAUCUGGUUUUGAAGAAACAAUCCAUCGGUUGAAAGUCCAAGAAGCCAUGAUCAAGAAGGAACGUUUCGACCGCGAACACGAGGACAUCCUCCGGGAGAUCCGUCAUGGGCUGUUGCGAUACGGUGGUGGAGGUGGCGGUGGAGGACCCGGCAAGCCCACGGCCCGUUGUAACACCUCGGACGAGACUUACAUGUACGACGACGACAUGCUCAAACACUGGUACGACGAACCUCCGUACGAGUCAGACCCUGAGGAACUGCUCAUGGAACACGCCAACAACAGAGUCUAUUACGGUUACGCCAAACACAGAGCGCCUCGGAACAACAAUUCCGGUUCCGUCAUAUCGUUACGCAGCGCGGGUGACAUAUCGUUGUCUGGUGGCCACCACCACCGUGGUGGCAGUGGCCAUCACCGACAGACGGCCACGGGGCUCUUGUUACCCGCUUCCGGUUCCGGUCAACCCACCACCAUAAUACCGUUGAGGCGACAGAACAGGGAAAGCGGAGACUACGCCACGUCUGACGUCCAAAGCGUUUGUUCUAGGAUGUCAUCGUUAUCCGUGGAGACCAACCGAUCGGACUACGACCAGGAACUUUACCACAGGCUGAGAAUGAACGGAAUGGACACCACGGUCUCGCCGGGACACAGUUCGGACUACGCCGAUCAGGAUGACUCAUUUUUGCAAUCGCCUCGUCACAGUAAAAGACAACACCACCACAGAUCCAAAAAUUCCUCAAAACAACUGAAACAAAACCAGAGACCUAACCGUCAUCAUAGUUCUGCUGAGAGUCUGCCGAGCACUUCUAGCGCCCAAGCGUUGAUGGGAGUAGCGUCGCAGAGCUCAGAAGAAUCACCGACUUCUUGCGACGGGACGCAGAAAGUACAAGUGUUGGCAUUGGCACGUGCCGUGGCUAACAGCAGCCCGAACCCUUAUGAGAAAGACGCGUUGAAAUUUAACAAAGGUGACGUGAUAUUGGUGACCACCAUGAAUGCCAGCGGCAUCUGGAAGGGGAUGGUCAAAGGCUGUGAUCGAAUAGGUACAUUCAAGUUUGGCAAGGUCCAACCAUUGGUGAACGAAAGCAACGGGCUCGAAAAGAGCAAACAGAACUCGAAACACAGGCCCAAGUCGUUGCUUCAGCUACUGCGGACCAUAGGCAUGGAGGAACAAAUGUCCGUAUUCGCGAUGAACGGUUUUGGGGACUUGCAGUCGUUCUGUGAAAUACGCGAAGCGGACCUAGACUACAUGGGCAUAAUGGCGCCGGAACAGAGAGCUAAAAUAUUGGCAGCCGUCCAGGUCAUGCAUGAUUAUCAGUCGCCCGAAGACGAUUCUAGCAGCACCGAGGAGAACAAAACGGAUCCAAGCUGCGACGACUCUCAGGAAGCUGCUCACAGUCAGCGCGCAAUAGUCCCCGGCGCCGACGUCGCCAAGUCAAAGCCAACGCCAAAACCGCGUUUCUCGGCCAACAACGGUAACGACGCGGCCCUGUCAUCGCCCGAGUACAGUAAAAAGGCACCUAAAUCCGCCGACGACCGCCAACACUUCGGCGGCGACACCACCAACUCCUCUGCCGCUGCCGCCGCCACCAAACCGAACUCGUGUACUUCCAGUGAAAAGUCUUCAGACUCGGGUGUCAGCACCAGUUCGUCCGUGUGUUUCGGCAACAUGACCCGGGGCAAACGCAACGGGGCGAGUCACCAGUUAAACGGCAAAAACAACUUCGCAGGGCACUUGGUGCAGCAGAACGUCAAAGACUGA